CCCAAAUCUCUCUCCUGACUUCCAAAAUUUAACUUUUAACAAUAGGAUGCGGAUAGAAACAAUUUGUAUUUUUUAGUGUAAGCAUUAGGAGCAGAUCCUGGGAUACACUAGGCUGGGUGGAUUAGAUCUGUAUCCUUUGGCUCGAUAAGAUAAAAAGUGUUUUCUUUCUAACAGCACAUCAAUACCACAUUCUAGAUACUGUAGUGCUAUGGUAAGAUUAGUACUGAAAUCUGAAUGUUUCAGGUGUCUGAUACAGCGAUGGCCAAACGUUACAGCAUAAUGCUCCUCGGGAAAACUGGGCGUGGGAAGACCGCCAUAUCUUCACGUAUGGUAGAGGGAAGCAUCACGUACCAGCACGAACCAACCACUUUCGUCGCCUCGACUGGCAUCUGCACCUCAUCUGACACGGACACAAUCCUGGAAGUCAUUGACUCUCCAGGUCUUUUCAGCAACUGCUAUAUGGAUGAGAGAAAAGGCGCAAAACAAAUGCUUGACUACAUGGAAGAAGCUAUUGACAUCAGUAGAAACGGAAUCGAUGCCUUUGCCAUUGUUUUGCGCUACGGCAUUCGCUAUACUGACGAGGAGCAAAAAGUAGUCCGUAAUUUAAAGAGCAUAUUUGGUUCUCAGUUUUUCGAAGACCACGUCAUUGUCAUAUUCACUUACGGAGAAGACUAUCACUCGAGGAACAACGGUGAACCCUUUGAGCAUUGGGUAGACUGCCAGAUGGGAAAACUGACAGAACUAGUUGAAAUGUGUGGGAGAAAGUGUUUGCUGUUUGAAAACGUAAGAGGAACGAAAGAGACUGAUUCGGAACAAAAGAGACAACUGCUGACUAUUCUCUCCAAAAUGCCAAAGAAAUUCACAGCAACUGAUUACUUGGAACGUGUGAGACACCACCAACAAAGUUUGUCUUUGUGGCAACGUUUUUAUCAAAGACAACCACCAACCCGCCAACCUUUGAGUGAGCCCACAGAGCUCAACAUUGUGCUGAUCGACAACACUGGCAGCCACAAAAGUGUCAUCGGAAACCGCAUCUUAGGCGAAGAUGGAUUCAGGACACCCAGAGAGGACGUGCGCACCAAAGUCAUAGGGGACUACUGCGUCAGAGUUGUGGAUACCCCUUGGGUGAAGGACAGAGCAAAUAACAGCUCUAUCGACUAUGGGAAGGAAAAUCAAGAGGCAAGGAAAUACUUGAAGACCUGCCUUCGCUAUUGCAACGGUGAAAUACACCUGUUCCUUUUGGUUUUGCCUUUUAAAACUGAUUAUACUGAGGAAGACCUUGGGUUGGUGCAGCACUUAAAGGAAAAUAUCGAAGAAGAGCUACUGAAACGGACUGCUGUCCUUUUCGCCCAUCCUCACGAGUAUGAAACAAAGGUCAGAAAUCUUGAAACAUUUGAUCUGUGGUGUAGGAGACAAACGAGUAAACUUGGACAUUUAUUGGAAAGUGUACGUUAUAGAUGCUUGCUGUUUGAAAACUUCCAAAGUGAAACACAAAAAGAAGAGCCACAAAGUCAGAAGGUCCUUGACAUGGCUAAUACCAUUAGAACACGUUCCGGACCUUUCACUGCCUCGUUUUUGAAAGACGGGUUUUUUUCAAUGAUGUGCUCUGUUCUUUAAGUUUUAGUGUACGACACACCAGUUCAGCUGGUUCACAGCAUCGCUCGGUUGCUUACAGUCUUAACAGAAACAUACCUUUCUGGUCUAUAAUAUAAUCAAACUAUGUUUGUCAUUCAUUUCUACCAAAGUUCGGUUUUAUUUUAUGUUAAACGGGGUCAAGUUUUAGGGCAGUUCGUGAUUCCCAACAUAUAGAUGACAAAACUGGCAGCAUAGAAAGCAAAUAGACUUCCGUAUACAGGUAACUUAAGCAUAAAAUAAAGGACGAAUUAAUGAGAUUUUAAUCUAUGUUACCGAGACAGGGUCGAUAAGCCUGCGCUCCAGUCUUCUCAGCGCAGUCUUCGCUUUGUCGGAAGACUGUUCACACAGCGCUGAUCAGACACAAGAAACAGAUUCUGGUUUCCUAGCCAAUUUUUUUAAUGUAUUACUUUCUAAUUCCACUUUGUCUCAGAAAAAUGGCGAAUAUCAGUGAAACUCGUGAUGAAAUCAUGGGGAAAUGAGGAAAGUCAUCAGUUUAACUAUGAGACAACAUUACAGGUUUCCAUAUGUGGACGGAGGGUACAACAAGGUUUGAAAUUAUAAUUUUUUUUAGAAUCCUUCAUCUUUCAAAAUUGAUUUUAAGCUAAGUUUAUUGUAAUGUUAUAGUCUAAUUUUUAGUGUUGCACAAUUGAAAUAUCAGGUGAGCACUUUUUUCCCGAAAGCCUUUUAUUUCCUCAUCUCCCCUCUGCCCACGCACCCCCUCCCCAUUCUCCCCCUUUUUUAACGCCAACACCACGCAUUUUACAUGAUGCUCCUCUAGACAUUAUAUUGUGUAUUGUUUGCUAUUUUUGUACCGGUAUAGGGUUUCUGAGUUUUGUUUUUUCAGUGCUUCAUGGUUUCCUUUCUGUUCAGGAAGCUGCGUGUUCGUAAAGUUUUACUUUCAUGAGGUAUGUUGUGUCAAUUUCGGAUAAGGAAUUUCGCUCUCCCUUCAAGAAUUGAAAUGUGGAGUAUUUUUCUCAAAUGUUAAGACUGAUAAUAUCUUGCUUGAAAUGUAUUCUUUAUAAGUUGAAUUUGCAUUAAAGAAUCGAUUUUCAUUGUUGUUUGUGGACUGAAAAGUGGCACUAAUAUUAUAAAGCGUGUACCAAACGUUCAAGGUGUUUGCAAACUGUUAAGUCUAUGAAUGUUAUAGAAAUUAUUAUGACGUUAUAUAUUCAUAUCAUUAUUUCCUGUACUACUCAACAUACUAGCUACAUAAUAAGAGUUUUCACACUUUUGAAUUGUUUUUUUUUUUCGAGAUAGAUCUAGAUUCUAGAAGUAGAAUUUUAGAUGCCAUAUUGACAAAAAACUUACCCUUUUUUCCAAAAUAAGAUACUUUGUAUAAGAUGCUGGGUUUUUUUCUUCACUUACCACACAUUUUAUACUUUGGUCUUGGUGAUAAUAAUCGUGUAUUGUUUGGUAUUUUUGUACCGGAAGAGGGUUUCUGAGUUUUGUUUUUUCAGUGUUUCGUGUUUUCUUUUCUAUUCACGUAGCUGCGUGUUCGUAAAGUUUUACUUUCAUGAGGUAUGUUGUGUCAAUUUCGGAUAAGGAAUUUCGCGCUCCCUUCAAGAAUUGAAAAGUGGAGUAUUUUUCUCAACUGUUAAAACUGAUAAUAUCUUGCUUGAAAUGUAUUCUUUAUAAGUUGAAUUUGCAUUAAAGAAUCGAUUUUCAUUGUUGUUUGUGUUUGCGGACUGAAAAGUAGACGCAAAUAUUAGAUAAUGUGUCCGAACGCUUUUUAAUCACUUACCCACUUACUGCCCGACAGUUUUAAAGGGGGGGGGGGGGGGGGCUACACCCCCAA